AUGGUUGACGAUAAAUACCUGUACCGGAUUGCCACAAAGGAGGAUAGUCAAAAGAUCCUGGGAUUUUUGCUUGAGCAUUUCCUCAAAGAUGAGCCUUUAAAUCGAGCGUCAAAAAUGCCAGAGGAGGUGCUUUCGAAGGCCCUAUUGAGUGUUGUGGACAUCUCUUUGGAUGAGCCUUUCUCUACAAUAGUUUCCUGCAAAAGCACAGGAUCUAUAGCUGGUGUGUUGUUAAUUUCGAUCUAUAAGCGCACAGAUGAAAAGCAUGAUAUUGGAUUGGACUCCGAGACGAAUCCCAGUGCUGGAGCUGUCGGAGCUAUUCUUAAUGAGCUUCACAACUCCUUUUUCGACCUUGUGCCGAGUCAUGUGAAUACCGUUCUUCACAGGUCAGUUUUUUGCUAUCCAUGA